ACCAACCCCCGAGGAAUCCCCUACGCGCCCUUUGUCGACAAGGUAGAAGACUACGUCUCCUCCCGUUCAGACGUCGAGCCGACGCUUCGGUCGUUUCAGGAGAUGGUGGCAAAGUACCAGUUUAUGGAGCAGAACCUGCAGCGGAGGGUGGCGGGGUUGAGGGAUAAGAUGCCCGACAUUGAGAAGACGUUGGAGACGGUGAGGUUUUUGAAGUUGAGGAACGAGGGUGAUGACGAGGGGGAGGGGGGGGAAAUCGAGACCACGUUUGAGCUGAAUGAUACGCUUUACGCCAAGGCAAAGAUUGGGAGGACGGAGGAGGUGUAUUUGUGGUUGGGGGCGAAUACUAUGGAGGUUGCGGUGGCUAGGGUUUAUAACUGGGAUGUGGUGCAGAAACGGAAGGAGAAGGAGGAGGAGGAGAAGCAAGGGAAAGGGAAGGAGGAGGGGACGGCGGGGGGGUGA